GCAAGGUAGCGAGAGACUUAACGUAGCGAUACGUUCAAGAGAUUCAGGCGAAUUCAUAAAAUGGCGCCCGUUUUUGCCUUUUUGUCAACUUUCUCGCCGCGUGGCACGUUCUGAUUCGUUUAUUUUUGGUAGAGGGGGAUAAUUUAACGAACGUUUCUGUGAUUGGUCCAAAUUCAAAGGUGGGAGAAAAUUUCACCGAUUCGUUGCAAUCGGGCAGAGAGGGAAAUCGUAAGAAAGUGCUUAAAUACGGCCAUUUUGGGUUGCUAAGUCAUUAUUUUAACGACUCUCGUCGAGUGAACGUAUCCGUACUCUUAAAUUUCCGAAAAUGACUGGCCGUGGUAAAGGAGGAAAAGGAUUGGGAAAAGGAGGAGCCAAGCGUCAUCGUAAAGUUCUUCGUGAUAACAUCCAAGGUAUUACCAAACCAGCGAUCCGUCGUCUGGCUCGUCGUGGUGGAGUCAAACGUAUCAGCGGUCUUAUCUACGAGGAGACCCGUGGAGUUCUCAAAGUCUUCCUUGAAAAUGUGAUCCGUGACGCAGUCACCUACACCGAGCACGCCAAGCGCAAGACCGUCACUGCCAUGGACGUUGUCUACGCUCUGAAACGUCAAGGCCGUACUCUUUACGGUUUCGGAGGUUAAUUUCAUCAUUCGACUCAGCAAAUAUCAAUUGAACCAAACGGCCCUUUUCAGGGCCACCAAAUUUUUCACACGUAAAAAAUUAAUCAAGUUAUCAGAUUUUUAAUCCCAUUGUAAUUGUAAUUUAACAAUAAUUAAACAAUAAUUUUUCGAUUUCUCCAAUACUUGCAUC